AUUAUUUCUUUUCAAAGACGAGAAAAUACUGAGGUUCUGCUUCGGGUUCCCCUCCAUCGCUUUGAUCCGCACGCUGUUCUUCCUCUCCUCAUUUCCAGAUUUUUCAUUUUCAGAUUUUGUGGUUUGUAAAUUCAGCAACGGAAUUCACCAUUUCGUUCCUCCUUGUUUACGCUUCUCUCCUUUUCCAUUUACCCUUCGUUUAUGGAUUUACGGAUUUGGUUUACUUAUUGAGAUCUUAAUCUGUUCUACAGUGUGAAUUCCGCUGCCAAUUUUUAAUUUCAUUAUUUAUUCGUUAGAUUAUCGGAUAAAUUUUCUGGAAUCCAUUGCCUCUCUGUAAUUUGCUUCGCAUUUCUUUCAAAAUCAGUGUAUUCUGGCAUUUAUGUGUUGAGUGAAACCAUUAUUUGUUUGUAUGUUCAUUUGUCUUCGAAAUUUGUGGAAAAGUUUCUGGUAGCUAGCUAUUGUGGAGAUCCGGGAGCUUCUUCGGUUGUUCUGUCCUAUGAGGACAGCUUUCGCUUCAGAUUCUGGUGAAGAAUCUCUCGAUCCUCAGCAAUGGCUUCAGGUUGAAAGAGGAAAGCGUAAAAAAUUUACACUCGAAUCCGAAUCUGCUGCAUCAUCAUCAUCUUCUAUAGAAGCUCUGAUCAAGGUUCCGGCGCCGCGAAUUCUGCCGUUCUACAAGCCGGUUGAUUACGUCCGAGUGUUGGCUAAAAUUCACAAACAGCUCGAGUCAUGUCCGCCGGAAGAGAGGUCGAAUCUGUACCUGUUGCAGUAUCAAGUCUUCAAGGGGCUCGGCGAGUCGAAGCUGAUGCGAAGGAGUCUCCGGUCGGGCUGGAUGGCGGCGACCACUGUCUAUGAGAAGCUCGUCUUCGCGGCGUGGUUGAAGUACGAGAAGCAAGACGAAGAGAUCGUUUCUGAAUUGCUAUCCUCUUGUGGAAAAUGCUCGAAUGAAUUAGAUGCCCCCGUCGAUAUCGCUUCCGAGUUCCCAGCAAACGAGUCUGCUUCGAGCUUUUCGUGCGAUGCGACAUCGACGAUGCUCUCUCACCCUACGGUUACCUUCGUAAUAGGAGACGAGACGGUAGUGGGUGACAGGCAAAAGAUGGCUCGGCUUUCAGUGCCGUUCAAUGCAAUGCUUACCGGAUGCUUCACGGAGUCGAUGAGUAAAGACAUCGACUUUUCAGAAAACAACAUCUCCCCUUCGGGAAUGCGGGCGAUCCGCGAUUUCAGCGAGACGGGGAGACUGGAUAACAAAUUGCCGCCCGAUCUUCUGCUGGAGAUUAUGGCGUUUGCGAAUCGAUUUUUCUGCGAAGCUAUUAAGGAUGCUUGCGACAGAAAACUCGUAUCACUAGUAGCCUCGACACAAGAUGCGGUCGAGCUCGUGGACUUCGCCUUCAACCAGACCGCUCCCGCGUUGGCUGCUUCUUGUCUGCAAGUGUUUCUGCAGGGGCUUCCUGGCUCGCUGGACGACGCCCGCAUUGUCGAACUGUUGAACAGUCUUGAUAAGGAUCGAAGGUCGAUAAUGGUUGGCCCUGCUUCGUAUCCUCUUUACUCGUUACUCGCAGAAGUCGCCGUAGACUCUGAUCCAGCCUCCGACCUAGCAGUUCAGUUCUUGAACAGGUUAGUCGACUGUGCCGAAACCAACCGGCAGAAAAUGGUGGCACACCAUCAGCUGGGCUGUGUUAGGCUCUCGAGAAAAGAGUAUAAAGAAGCAGAAAGAUCGUUCGAGGCUGCGCUACAAGGAGGGCACGUCUACUCGUCCGCGGGGUUGGCGAGAUUGAGUUAUAUCCACGGCCACAAGUGGCGCGCUUACGAAAAGAUUAGAGCCGUCGCGUUGUUGUAUAAUCAGCUCGGAUGGGUGUACCAAGAGGAAUCGUUGUACUGCCGAGUCGAGCAGCAGUGGGCGGAGCUCCACAGGGCAACUGAGCUGGACCCGACGUUGACGUACCCCUACAUGUUUCGAGCUGCGGCUUUGUUCCGUAAGCAUGAGGUGCGAUCCGCGCUUGCGGAGAUCGACCGGGUUCUCGGGUUUAAGCUCGCGUUGGAGUGCUUGGAGCUUCGAUGUUGCUUCUAUCUCGCCCUCGAGGAUUACCAGUCCGCAAUGUGCGAUGUUCAGGCGAUUCUUACGCUUAACCCGGAUUAUCGGAUGUUCGAUGGGCGAGUUUUGGCUUCCCAUCUCCGUGCGCUCGUGUACGAGCAUGUCGAGAAGUGGACGCCAGCGGAAUGUUGGUUGCAUCUCUACGAUAGAUGGUCGUUGGUCGACGACAUAGGUUCGUUGUCCGUGAUAUAUCAGAUGCUCGAUUCCGAUGCAACGAAAGGUGUUCUGUACUUUCGACAAUCACUGCUUCUCCUCCGACUGAACUGUCCGGAGGCUGCAAUGAGGAGCUUAAGCCUCGCUCGCCGACACGCGUCGAGCGAAUCCGAGAGGCUGGUCUACGAGGGAUGGAUCUUGUACGACACCGGUCAUUGCGAAGAAGGGCUGCGGAAGGCCGAGGAGUCGAUUAAUCUCCAGAGAUCGUUCGAGGCCUUUUUCUUGAAAGCCUAUGCGCUGGCGGAUUCGAGUCAGGAUCCAUCUUGUUCGUCUACCGUAAUAUCACUCCUCGAAGAAGCUUUGAAAUGUCCAUCCGACAGACUUCGCAAGGGCCAGGCCUUGAACAAUCUUGGAAGUGUGUAUAUUGAUUGUAACAAGCUAGACGAGGCGGCUGAUUGCUACAUGAAUGCCCUGAAUAUCCGGCACACCCGAGCACACCAAGGGCUCGCGCGUGUGCACUUCCUGAGAAACGACAAGGAUGCUGCAUAUGCUGAGAUGACAAAACUGAUUGAAAAGGCGAGGAACAAUGCCUCGGCUUAUGAAAAACGAUCAGAGUUCUGCGACCGAGACCUCACAAAGGCGGAUCUUGAGAUGGUAACCCGCCUGGAUCCGCUCCGAGUUUAUCCAUACAGAUAUCGAGCUGCAGUUCUGAUGGAUAAUCACAAGGAUAAAGAAGCCAUUGCAGAACUAUCGAGGGCUACGGCGUUCAAAGCAGAUCUGCACCUUCUUCAUCUCCGCGCUGCUUUCCACGAGCAUAUUGGUGAUGCCAGAGGCGCUUUACGAGAUUGUCGAGCAGCUCUGUCAGUCGACCCCAAUCACCAAGAGAUGCUGGAACUUCACGGCCGCAUGAGCAGCCAAGAGCCCUGAAGAUCAAACCGGCUUCGGGGACUUAAUGUCGACAGCCUAGAUGGGAAAAAGAAAAAUCUAAGUUAAUUGUGAAAGAAUAACAUACCUUAUAGAAGGCAGCUUUACGACGAGCAAUCAUUAUAUCAUCUA